AUGUCCGCUCCAGACACCCCCAGCCAGGAGAAUGAAAAGAAGCUUCACCCCGUCGAGUCGACCACGACCGAUGCCUCGUUCCUAGAGAAGGGCAUCAAGCCCUCGACCGUGCCGGUCCUGCCCAGCACCAUUGUCGAAGAGGCCGAUCAAGAGGUGCUGGCCUUUACCGAUCAGUCGGUCAUCAUCACCCCAGAGGAGAACAAACGCCUCCUUCGGAAGAUUGACAAGCGCGUCCUCGUCAUCAUGCUCGGCACCUACUUCGCCCAAUCGCUCGACAAGGGCACGCUCGCCUUUGCCGCCAUCAUGGGCAUCCGCAAGGAUCUUCACCUCGUUGGACAGCAGUACAGCUGGCUCACCACCUGUCUGUACCUCGCGAUCCUCGUCUGCGAGUUCCCGCAGAAUCGCCUCGUGCAGAUCCUGCCCAUCAAUCGCUGGUUGGGCUUCUGCAUCAUCAGCUGGGGCGUCGUCGUCACCUGCACCGCUGCCGUCGAGAACUGGGCAGGCGCCAUGGUCGUCCGCACGCUCCUCGGCGCCUUCGAGUGCGUCUGCCAGCCCGCCUUUAUCCUCCUCUCCGCCGUCUGGUACCGCAAGGAAGAGCAGGCGCGGACGGUCACGCUCUGGUACUGCAUGAACGGCGUGCAGGCGGCCGUCGGCGGUCUACUGGCAUACGGCUUCUACCACAUCAAGGGAGCCGCCAUCUCGUCAUGGCAGAUCCUCUACGUCACUCUGGGCUCUGCCACUAUCUUGUGGGGCGCCUUCUGCUGGUACUGGCUCCCUUCUUCGCCGAUGCGCGCUCGCGGCUUCACCGAGGAAGAACGGACAAAGUGCCUGGAGCGCGUUCGCGAGAACCAGACCGGCGUCCAGAACAAGAAGUUCAAGAAGGACCAGCUGAUCGAGGCGCUGCUCGACCCGCAGACAUGGGCCCUUUUCCUCAUCCAGGUCCUCAACACGAUCCCCACAGGAGGUUUGGGUGUCUUUAUGAACAUUGUCAUCAGCACCAACCUUGGUUUCACGGUUUUGCAGACAAAUCUGCUCUCUAUUGCCCAGGGCGCAUUCCAGGUCGUCGGGCUGCUCAGCGCGGCGUGGAUCAGCACCAAGUGGAACCAGACAAUCUACGUCGCGAUUCUCUGGACGAUCCCCGCCGUCGUGGCUUCCGUCUGCUUCUUGACGGUGCCCAACACGCCAGAGCAUGCCGCUGGUCUUUUGAUCGCCUUCUAUUUCACUCUCUGGCUGCAGGCGCAGGCGACGUUGUCGUUCAGUCUGCUGACGCGCAACGUCGCGGGCCAGACGAAGCGUUCGAUCAUUACGGCCAUCACCUUCAUCGGCUGGUCUGGCGGCAACUCGAUCGGACCUCAGCUCUUCCAGGCCAAGGACGGCCCGCUCUACCGAGGAGCUUUCGCCGGUCAGCUUGGAUGCUACGCCGCCUCGAUCACGGUGCUCAUGCUGCUGCGCCUUUACUACGUCGACCAGAACCGACGCAAGAGGAAGGCGUCUAACCUGAUGCACGGCCGCGACGAGAACGCCGCCGACGAGGUCGACCUGUCCAACGCCUUUGCCGACCUGACCGACAAGCAGAACAUCCACUUCCGUUACUCGUACUAG